AUGGUGGGGCAACAGACAGUUCACCGCCUGCUAAUAUUGCCAAUCAGGCCCACCGAAAAUUCUCCAGGGCUUUCAAACCCUAUCCGCCAAGGCCUGGCCAAUCCAUUUUCCAUCAACCACUUUGACAACCUCGCAGCGAGCCCAUCUCGAGACUUCUUCGGAACCCGACCAUCGACGACAACGGCCAAAAUGUCUACCCCUCAGCUCAGCAAGAUCGCGGCUAACAGCCCUUCGCACUCCAAGCCCUCUGAGCUUGAGCAGGCCAUCGCUGGCGCUCUCUACGACCUCGAGAGCAACACUGCUGACCUCAAGGCUGCCCUCCGCCCUCUGCAGUUCACUUCUGCUCGCGAGAUCGAGGUUGGCCACGGCAAGAAGGCUAUUGUCAUCUUUGUCCCCGUUCCUUCUCUGCAGGGUUUCCACCGUGUCCAGCAGCGCUUGACCCGUGAGCUCGAGAAGAAGUUCUCCGACCGCCACGUCCUCAUCCUCGCUGCUCGCCGCAUUCUCCCCCGCCCCAAGCGCUCCACCCGCUCCCGCAACCUCCAGAAGCAGAAGCGUCCCCGUUCCCGCACUCUUACCGCUGUCCACGAUGCUAUCCUGACCGACCUCGUCUACCCCGUCGAGAUCGUCGGCAAGCGUAUCCGCACCAAAGAGGACGGCUCCAAGACCCUCAAGGUCAUCCUUGACGAGAAGGAGCGCGGCGGUGUUGACUACAGACUCGACACCUACUCCGAGGUUUACAAGCGCCUCACCGGCCGUGGUGUCAUCUUCGAGUUCCCCCAGACCGGCUCCGCCGAGUACUAGAGGUCUCGUUAACUGGAGCUUGUUCAAUGGGGAGUCAUAAGGGUCUUUGAUUUGGGUUUGACAUUCGGGUUUCGGGUCGGGUGCACUGCAUGCAUGGCAGCCAAAAUGGGAUGGCGUCUUAGCUAGCUUGGGGUAAAUACAAGCUUGAUUCAUAUGGUCCAAUACCCCCAACCCCAGAAAUACAAGCCUGGUAUGAAGUACUUUUCAAAGUGCUGUUUUGGUGACAAUAGUGUGAGCGUGAUAUUGGUUCGUGGCUUGCGCUGAAGGUGCGCAUCGCGAUUGGAACAACUUCGUCC